AUGUCAUCCCCAAUCAGAUUGCUUGAUGGAAAGGCGUUAGGCCCCGAUGCCUCGGCUGCGGAGCAAGCUGCCUUCUGUGACGCCCUGAUCGAGGGUUUCAGUAAUCAGGGAAUGGUGAAGUUGAUUAACCAUGGCAUCCCGGACGAAGAUAUCGAUGGCAUCUUCCGAUGGAACCGGGAGUUCUUCCAACUACCUGACCACGUCAAGCGCAGCGUGGCGCAUCCUCCCCGCGCCAACCCGAACCGCGGCUGGGUCUGUGCCGGCCAAGAGCGAUCAGACAACAUCACAGAUUUUGAGAAGGGUGUCAAGGAAAGGGUCAACAAAGAUGGAAUCUUUGACCUCAAGGAAUCCUUUGACACAGGUGCCGUCGACGAUCCUCUCUACGAAAACAAAUGGCCCACAGAGUCGGAAUUCCCCGGCUUCCGCCAUGCCAUGGAAGGGUUCUACGACAUGUGUCAAGCGGUGCACAUGGGCAUCCUGAAGGCAUUAGAGCAAGGGUUCCGGGCGCGCGGCGUCAAGGUUGAUCUGGUAGAACGGUGCCGCGAGAACGUGAGCGAGAUGCGGCUCAACUACUAUCCUGAAAUCGAUAUUCCUUCCCUGCGCACCGGCCGCAUGUCCCGCAUCUCCGAACACACCGACUUCGGCACCGUAACGCUCCUCUUCCAGGACAGCGUCGGCGGGCUCGAAGUGGAGUCGCAGACGCAGCCGGGCCACUACAUUCCGGUCGAAGCGAGCUCGGCUUCGGAGAUCCUGGUCAACAUCGGCGACUCGCUGCAGCGGCUGACCAACGACGUGCUGACGUCUGUCAGCCAUCGGGUCACGGUCCCUGUCAGCGAGCAAGAUCGCGAAAACGGGGUUCUUGCGCCGAGGUACAGCGUGGCGUAUUUCGCCAAGGUGGCGAGGCACGUCAGUCUGAAGCCGAUGGCCGAGUUUGUUGACGAGUUGGCGGGCAGGCCUGCCAAGUAUCCCGACAUGACGGCAUUUGAGUGGAACCAGAUCAAGCUGCAGAAGAUUUACGGUUGA